ACCUCACCACUGUUUCCCACUCUCCCUUUGUCUGGGUUUGAAAUUCAACCACAUUCACGGGGUUUUUGCUUUCUUGGUUAACUCUUUUCUUUUUAUGCUCAAGUAAAUAAAUUUCAAGAAAAAAAGAGUUCUUUUUGUUCUUUGUGGAGCUGAAAUUGGUUGCUGGGUGUCAAAGAUUGGAUUUUUGAGUGAUACAUUUGAUGGGUUUUGGUUGUUCUUGCUAAAGGGUUGUGGCUCUGCUCUGAAAGAUUGCUUGGUGUUGAAGAGUGUGUUGGGGAUUGAAUAUGGGUGGGUGAGAGUGGACCUGACCUGACCUGAUCAGCAUAGAAAUGUUUUCUGUUUGUUUGGUUUUCUGUCUUCACAUUGAAGCCUUUCCAGGUCUCACCACGUUUGGUGAGCUGUAAAAAAUCUGGGUUCUUGCUUUUUCAGUAAUCCUAGUUCUUUGAGUUUGGACUUCAUUUUCUGUUUCUUAGAGCUCUUUACUUGUCAAUUCAAAUUAUUUGUACAUCCUGUUCUCUCCCUUUCUUCAGUUCCAGUGUUUGUGAAGAAAUCCUUUUACUUUAAACUUACUUUUUCCUUAAUCUUCCCCUUCCCUACUGUUUUUUUGAUUGUAGACCUUGUACUGUACUUCUAUGAUUUCAAACAUUAUUAUUUAUUAAAACAUUGGGGAUUUUCUGUGUUGUGAAUUUGUAGGUUUUGACUGUCAUAUGUAAAUGCAGAACUGAGAUUCAUGUUCAUCCAUUCUGGAUUGUGAUUUGUGACCUCUGGUACAAGAAGGGUAGAUUCUCGUUUAGGUUUUUCUCUUGAGGUUUGGCAACUCAUUGAAUUAGAUUCUGCAUUGUUUGGGUUGUUCUCGAGAACAAAGUAAAUGUAUGGAUCCGAGGGAAGCUAUGACACCACCUGGAACAACUUCGUAUUAUAUGCCGAGAGGGAUGACUGGGUCCGUGGCUAGUGUACAGGGAGCGACAAGUAUGCAUCCCUUGUUAACUGGUGCUGGUGUUCCCUUUCAAUCGGGUAGUGGGAACAGUUUGGUUGGGCAAACGUUAGUUGUAGAUCCUUCGUCAACAAUGUCGCCUAGAGGCGGUAGUGUUGGAGCGCCCUCAGCAUUGCCACAGAGCGAGCCUCCUGUACGCAGAAAAAGGGGAAGGCCCCGGAAAUAUGGAGUUGAUAGCAGCAAAGUUUCAUUAGCAUUGACUCCUCCAUCUGCUCCUGCUGCCAGAUUAACGCCAUCUCAAAAGAGGGGCCGAGGAAGGCCACCCGGGACUGGUCGAAAGCAACAACUAGCUUCUCUUGGUGGAUGGAUGUCUCAUUCUGCUGGAAGUGGCUUCACUCCACACAUCAUCACUGUGGCGGUAGGAGAAGACAUCACAACAAAGAUAAUGUCUUUUUUGCAACAAGGCCCUAAAGCUGUAUGCAUUUUGUCAGCUAAUGGUGCUGUCACCACCGUAACCCUUCGUCAGCCAUCAAAUUCCGGUGGCACUGUCACAUACGAGGGGCAGUUUGAAAUAUUAUCUCUCUCGGGCUCCUACUUGCUGAGUAAUAGCAGCGGUCCUCAGGGCCUAAGAACCGGUAGUCUUAGCAUUUGUCUCGCUAGUCCGGAUGGUCGUGUCAUAGGUGGUGGAGUCGGGGGAGUUGUCAUAGCAGCCAGUCCUGUUCAGGUAAUAUUGGGGAGCUUCAUAUGUGUUGGGUCCAAGGCGGCAAAGAGCAAACCCCCGGUGAGUAUAGAAGGUGCAGCAACACAUUUAAACCGCCAGAGUUUUGACAAUUCUGUAAGUCCAUCCGAUAUGCAACAGAACCAGAAUCUGAACUGGCCUCUGCAAUGAGUGUCUGGACAGGUUCAAGCCAGCCAUAUAUACAAAGUUUCCAUAUUGACAUUGAUUUGACGCGAGGAUUACAGCUUCUUCCAACAGUAGAAUAUGAAGUGUAUAUAUAUAUGUGUGUAUGGUGUGAAGGGCAACUUGGGUGUAAGGCUGUAACUGUCUUCUAAACUUGAACUUUUUGAGACAUGACACAUAGUGUUGGUCUGAAGUGUUAACCGCUCCUAGCUUGUACCACAAUGUUUUGCACUGCUGUGAAGAACCGAUAACUUUUUGAUUUGUAUUUUCUUAGACAUA